AAAUGUUAAAACGUUCGCUGCUGUCGCUCUCUAUAGUAUGGAUACUGCUCUGGCUGCCUGAUGAUUCUGCUGGCAAGCGCAAUUGGGACUAUGAGCCGCUGUCCACCUUAACUGAAUCCUCCAAUGAAGACAUGAUCAAAUUGGAGGCCAAAGUUGAGCGAGUCGGACGCGACGAAUACGCUAUAUCUGCUGAUUUAUUCGUCAAUUUUGAUAUGGAUGAGACCACAAUGGUUGAAUCGUAUGGAUACCGCAGCUCAUCGGGCAACGAGGAGGACUACAAACUAUUGCCGUGGAGCAUACCGAAGCAAACAUUUGAAAAGUUUGUCGAAGAGUAUUACGAGAAGAUCAUCUUCAAAAAUUUGCACCAAUGCUCGAAUAUACCAGAGACAAAGGAUGCAUAUCCCUGGCCCAAGGGCACCUACACCUUCGAUAAGUGUAUCGUUUCUGGCGAGGGUAUGCCCGAAAUAGCACCCGAGGGCUACUACAAGGUAAUGUUUGAAGUUACCGGGCAAUACGACUUGCGCUUCACCGCCAUCGUGAAGGUGACGACCAAAACUGAUAUGAUUGGCUGAAGGAUAGAAUAGAGUACGCAUCGUUGUUAUGGAUAAGAAAUGUAUGAAUAUGUAUGAAAUAAUAUUAAAAUGGG